CUAUUCAGAGUAAGAACAUUUUGACCAGAGGUGAUUCUUUCAAGAGUGCCUGCUAAUACAUAAUCGCCAAUUCUCUGCAGAAUCUACAGCGAGAGGGCCAAGUUGGGGAGUUCAACUCCACGACUUCUUGGCGCUUGGAACAGAGACGUCGAAGGCCAUGUGCAUCGCCGUGUUCCUCUGGCGGGCUCACCCCCUCUACCCAUUCUUCCUCCUGCACAACCGAGACGAAUACCGCAGUCGACCGACGGAGCCAGUGGCGUGGUGGGACAAUGGCGAAAUCCUCGGGGGUAGAGAUGGUCUGGCCGGUGGGACGUGGCUGGCUUGUUCGAGGAGCGGCAAGAUCGCGUUCGUCACCAACGUCACAGAAGUCGGCAACGUCCCCGAGCCCAAGAGCAGAGGAGAGUUGCCGAUUCGUUUCUUGGAGAGCAAGAAGAAUCGCAUGGAGUUCGCAGAAGAGGUUGUGAUGGAGGCACAUCAAUAUAAUGGAUUUAACCUGAUAUUAGUGGAUCUAUCUUGCAAAUCCAUGAUCUAUGUGACCAAUAGACCAAAAGAUGACCAGGCUCUUGUCUCAGAGGUUCCUCCCGGGAUCCAUGUGCUAGCAACUGCAAGUCUAGACACACCUUGGCCUAAGGCCGUUCGAUUGAGGACUAAUUUCGAAAAGUUUCUGGAGAAACAUGGGGGUGGCGAACUUCCGGCGAAAGAAAUGGCCGACACACUAAUGACAGACGCGACUAAGGCCGAUAAAACAACGCUUCCCGGGAUUUAUUCUAUAGAAUUUGAGUAUCCGCUCAGUUCAAUCUUUGUUGAGGUAAACACCGAGCAGGGACCUUAUAGCACGAGAAGCAUGUCCGCAGUAUCGGCGAAGACGAGCGGGGAAGUCGCCUUUUACGAGAAGUACCUCGAGGAGGAGAGUUGGAUAGAGCACACGGAGAGUUACAUGGUGGAGCACACGGGUAACGGCUGAGUGAUUUCUUGCCUCCGCUUUUCUCGCGUGCACUAUCUUUGUGAGUCGUUUUCCUCCUCAGCACUCGUGAUGGAGCCAAUACAAAGGAGAUAGAUUUCGCAACAAUGUAUGAUUAAUGCAAAUCCCCCACAACAAGGGCAAUGUCGUUGUGGCCUGACUCGAGGGAUGAAACUGAAAGUAGAAGAAAAGACUACUCGAGCUUUUCCAUCUUGAAGAGCAGCAGACAGUGAUCUUACUAAGAGGUACACUUGUCCAUGUUUGUGAAAGAGCUACGCUAGAUAAUAUAAAGGCUUUCUGGCUUGCGGACGAAAAAAAGUGAUUCCAUU